AUGUCUGAUCGCUCACUGCGGUUUUCCCAAAAAGCGGCAAAUACAAAGAUGGCGGCAGACUCUCAGAGUCAGAUCUAUCAGAAGCGUCUGGAACUUCACACUAUUGUGUUUGCAGUGGCCUUUUCACCAUGUGGCAAUUUCUUGGCGGCGUGCAACAACUUUGGACAAAUUGCGGUUUUUAGCAUUACUUCUGCUCUGGCACCCGAUGCUUCAUCCGACAAGAAGAGACCAGUAAUAUUUUUCCAAGGUCACAGCAACCCAAUUUACAGUCUAAUAUCUACAGAUAAAUUUCUAAUCAGUGGUGGCUCAUCUGAAAUACAUGGAUGGCGAUGGGAUGAAAUUCUUGAUAAAACAGAGGCUCCUUCACCUGCCUGGACACUGCAACCUCCAGCUGCCAGAGCCUCACUGGAUAUACCUGAAACCAAUGCUUUGGCAUUUUCUGAGCAGGAAGACACACUUUUCUCAGGCUGUGGGGACAAUAAUAUUUAUAUGUGGGACCUUGAGUCUGGAACAUGUAAGAACACAUUGUCUGGUCACUCAGAUUAUAUUCAGUGCCUUACUCUCAGAACAAAACACGGUCAAUGUGUGAGUGGAGCUGAAGAUGGAACUGUGAGAUUAUGGGAUUACAGAACAAAAGGAUCCAUGACUGACAUGAUUGAACCCUGUAAAAAUGAGGAUAUACACAGACCUCAUUUGGGGUCUUGGAUAGGUUGUGUUGCUGUUGAUGAGGGUGAGGACUGGCUGGUCUGUGGUGGUGGCCCAUCCCUGUCAGUGUGGCAUUUGAGGUCCAUGAAUUGUACAAGUGUUCUGAAAACAGCUUCUAGUCAACAGUCUGCCCUUUUCCAUGAUGACCUUAUAUUGUCUGCAGGGUCAGAACCAACAGUGUUCCACUGGCAGAUAAAUGGGGAUCCAAAAACACAUGUUCCUUGCACACCAAACUCAGUUUUUACCAUGCAAAUUAAUGACCAGUCUCCAAAGAAUAAGGUUCUUGCAGUGGGUGGUUGUUCAGCUGACAUUGAUGUUUUUACAAACUUUGGCUACAAAGCACUAUCAUUUAAAUUUUCUCAAUAAACUAGUCCAUUGUCAA